AAGUCAAACAGGAGGAACCGUCCGAACCCGCGCAGUCUCGCGCCGAGCUCGCGAUCAGCAUGGCAACAAACAUCAAGAAGUUCUACGACCUCUCAGCCAAACUCCUGUCUGGCGACCUCCUCAGCUUCUCCUCGCUGAAGGGGAAGGUCGUGCUUAUUGAAAAUGUGGCGUCUCUCUGAGGUACGACGGUCAGGGACUACACUCAGAUGAACGAGCUCCACGCCAAGUACUCGGACAAGGGGCUCGUGGUGCUGGGAGUGCCCUGCAACCAGUUCGGCCACCAGGAGAACGGCAAGAACGAAGAGAUCCUCAACUGCCUGAAGUACGUGCGUCCAGGGAAUGGCUUCGAGCCUCGCUUCUCACUUCUGGAGAAGGUCGAUGUCAAUGGCAAAGAUGCCCAUCCCUUGUUCGUGUACCUCAAGGAGAAUCUUCCAUACCCCAGCGACAACUCCAUGGCCUUGAUGAGUGACCCCAAGUUCAUUAUCUGGAGCCCAGUCUGCAGGAACGACGUGGCGUGGAAUUUUGAGAAGUUCCUGGUCGGCCCUGACGGAGAGCCGUUCAAACGCUACAGCAGGACCUUCCUGACCAGUGACAUCGAGGCAGACAUCAAGGAGCUCCUGAAGAAAGUGAAAUAAGCCGUCCCUGGCGCAGGGUGCCAUCUCAGAGGCCUGCUGGGGGUUGUGGAGGCAGCAGAUAGGCGUUGUAAACAUCGACCCCUGGCCUAUCGCUUGUAGCCACACCUUCUGUGGAAGAUGGCAGUUUAAAGUUUGGCUGACUGUGCUGACUUGCAUAAAGUGCAACUGUUUUUUAGGCUGUUUACUUAAUGAAGGCACCUCCUGAAAUCUAGAGUGAGGGGGGUGUCUGAUGUAAAUGUAAAUGCCUGUUAUUAACAGUGGUAAUUUAGCUAUGUACAGCAGAGCUCAGCUCUACCGUCCAGCUGAAUAAAGCCAAAUAAACAUUGCAGAAUUCCAA